UCCUGUCUUCUUCCUGGAGAGCCCACGGCUCCCCAUACUGCUUCCACAGUGAGCUUUACGCCAUCUCUGUGAGAGGAUGGAAUAUCUCUGAAGGGGUCUCUUCGGCUAUUCUGCUGACACACAGUAUUCUCGUGACUGAUGCUGGCAUACGACUGGGAGUGCGCAGGUUGGCUUUUGAUGGAUGGUAUCCAAGAUCUCCGUGGUUGCUAUUCACCAUGGAGGACAGGAAGCUUAUUUAAGAAGAGAAACAGAAAGGACUUUAUUGCUUGUAGAAGGAGAAGCAAGACUUAUGUGCUUUGAAAAGAUCUGCUGUAGUUUGCUGCCAUUUAAUGCCAACAAGUCAUCUGCUUGAAGAGAUUCUGUUGUAAUGUAUCCAGUGGCUAUUCCUGCACCAGGAGGUGAAGGAAAUAACGGACAGCAUGGGAAACUUAUUUUUUUCCUUUUUGUUUUUGGAGCUGUAUUGCUGUGCACUGGAUUUCUGCUUUCAGUCUUUAUUCUCCAGUCAUGCCCAUCUGGAACCUUCAGUGACUGUAAUGAGGUCCUUAAGGCUGCUGGACCAGUGCUGGCUGUAACUGGACUGGUUUGUGUUUUACUGGCACGGUCAAGGGCCAGGAUGUAUAUGAGACAAAGACAAUUGCAAAAUGAGCAGGUGUACAGCCUUGUUUUUUGCCAUGGGAACUGUCAGUUUGCCCAGUUUCUCAUAUUUGGAUUCCUGUUUUUAACUAGUGGAAUGCUCAUUAGCAUCCUGGGAAUUUGGGUUCCUGGUUGCAGCCCUGGCUGGCAUACCAUACAAUUCAACCACACCGGCAGUUCUGAUGUGAACCUCCAGGGCUGUGGAUUCCUGUCACUUCAAAUCAUGGGACCUUUGAUUGUGCUCACUGGGUUGUGUUUCUUCGUGAUAGCUCAUGUUAAAAAGAAACAAAACUUAAAUCUCAACCACGAAUCUUGUGAAAGUGAAGAACAUCCUCAGAGCCCUGAAUCUUUUCACAUUACAGUAGGUGAUGCUGUAAUGGUGUUCCCACCCCCACCACCUCCUUAUUUUGCUGACCCUAUGUCACCAACUGUGACACAUUGUCUUAUGUCGAGUGUUUUGCCUGCAAGUGAAAAUCCUCCACCAUAUCACUCUAUCUUCACUAAUGGAGCACAGCUUGCAGAUGAUGAAAGAAUGGUUGCUGUUAGAGACUACGAAACCAUAUGUACAAUUUCUGGAAGCAGCUCACCUUCAGAUAUUUUACCAAUGCUAUACCUCUGCUCUGAAUCUCCUCCAAAAUAUGAAGAAAAAGCAUCAAUAACAAAUAAUGAAUAUUCACCAUCUUCUUCCUCAUCUUUUUCAUCUAUUUCCUUAGCCACAUCUGACAUCAGCUCAUAGAAGACUGUCAGUUGACUUAAUUUUUAAAUUAAAUUGUACACAGAGAUUUACAAUUUUUGAAUUUAUUUACAUUUUGUAAUAAAAGCAAUAAUGUUGGUUGUGUCUAAUCUUUCAUCAGGAAGAACAAUGAAUUUGGAUUUCAAGAAAUAACAGAUAAUGCUAGGCUUCUGCUAAAGUAGUCUGAAGGGAGUUCACUGCAGGAAUGUUAAACAAUCAUCUGGUUCUGUUACAGCUUCAGUUUCUAUUUUUAAUUGUUCUUUUUAUAAUGAAGGCGUUAAGUAGAGACCAACUUUUUUGAUUAUUUUAAUUAAAUCUGUUUGGA